AUGGACCGGCAGAGGCUGAGUCUGUGCUGCGAACACACCUUUCCACACACGCCAGCCCCGUGUCCACAGCUCCAAGACCGCCUGAGGGAUUCACUCAGUGGAGCUCAUGUGCUUAUGGUGACUCUGUUUCCCAGGUGGCCAGAUGACCUGGAGGAGGAUAUGCCAGGGCAGACGUCCUCUGAGGAAGCCACAGAGGUUCACAUGGUAAAGUUCUUACAGAAUUUCUUGGUGGGCAAAUGUCAGAGUUCAUUAUCAACUAAAAAAUGGUUUCAGAUGACAUCACAUUUGCAAACUAUGUCAGCAGGCAUUUUCCUCAAGAGAAAUGGCUUCUUCUUGAGAAAAUUGGAAGACUCCACCGUUACAGGCAGCCACCAGCAGAUAGGACUUUUCCUGCACUGGCGUCUCUGGACAUGCACAAUUGUUCUCUUCCUCACAGAUGUCAGCAAGUCCUUCCUCUGCACCUGCAGAAGCAGCAACAGAAAAGACCAAAGUGGAAGAGAAGCGAAAACCAGAAAGUCCAAGAAGAAAACCAGGAAGCCCAGGAAGAAUACCUGGUGGAAUGUCCUGAACUGUUGGGACAUUUUAAAUAUAUUUUAG